AUGUUUACAAAAGAAAACUUUAGUGUUUAUGAUAUAAACAAAACAGUUUAAAGCAAUCCAAAUUUAGAAAAUGGUAGUAUUCCAACAAAAUUGGAUUUAAAAACUGCACUGCAAAGCAUAAAGCUAAAAUAAAAGAUAGGUAAUGUUGUCGAUAAAACAGCAGCAAGACGUUAUCAAAAGCUUAAAAAAGAAAAUUUUAGGAUGCUUAAUGAUCUUUCGAUCGUUGUACCAGAAUAGUAGUAUUCAAAAAACUAAACUGACUUUUUUAUAGAUUAAAAAGAAGCCAGUUUUUUAGAAAAAUUAAACAAAUUAUUUCCUCCAUUUAAUCCAUCUUCUAGAAUAAAGCUGAUUUGGGACAUAAGCUAAAUGAUUUUAAGUAUUUGUAUCAUUUUUAUAGUUCCGAUACAUCUCGUAUUCCAAAUAGAUUUAAUGCAAUUAGUACCUUCUGUAAUUGUAUAUACCAUAAUACCAGUUAGCUUAAUAAUAGAAAUAUUUGUCAACUUGAAUACAUCCUGUUUUUUAAAAGGAGUUCUAAUAACAAAUAGACCGAUAAUACUAAAAAAUUACCUCCUUUAAGACUUCAAAUAUGAUCUUGUUUCAAAUAUUCCUCUUUUCAUUUAUUGUCUCAUUUAUGUAAAGACAGAUUAAUCAGAAGAUUAUCAAUUUUACAGGUUCAUUAUUUUAUCAAUCUUUUACAAAGUUCUGUAAUUUGAUAAGGUUUUCAAAAGGAUAGAAGAUGAAUUUCCUUUAAGCACAACUACAAGCAACGUGAUUUCUUUAAUAAAGCUGCUGUUUAGCAUAAUUUUAAAUUUGCACAUUUCUGCUCUUGCAUGGUUGAUUAUGGGUUUCAUUUAAAUCAAAUAAGGAUGUUAAAAUACGUGGAUGGAUGGAGCAAGUAUAUCUAGCGCUGAUUGGUAUGUAUAAUAUAUUUAUUCAUAUUACUUUUCUACUGUUACUAUGAUUACUGUUGGAUAUGGUGACAUUUCUCCUAGAACAGUAGCAGAAAAGGUACUCUGUAUAGUAAAUAUGAUGAUAGCUUGUGGAUAAUUUGCAUACAGUGUCAAUUCGAUAGGAAAUAUAUUUGAAUAAUUUUUUAGAUUAGACAAUGAAAUUAAAGCUAACAUGAAAAUAAUAAAUAAUUACAUGACCAACAAAACAAUAUCAAAAGAUUUAUAGUAUUAAGUGAGGGAAUACUUGGAAUACUACUGGAAACAAGAAAAGGCAAACAAUAGUGAAUUAGAAAAUAAAAUUUUGGAAUAGUUAUCACAUAAAUUGAAAGAUACGCUGCUUAUGGAAGCCAAUAAAAUAGCUCUCAGAGAAAGCCCUAUUUUUAGUACAACAUUUAGUGAGUCUGUGCUAUAAAAAAUUCUUCCUCUAAUAAAAGAAAUAAGAUGCACUCCAGAAGAGAUUAUUUAUCUGAAGGGUGACUAAGAUGACUUAUCGAUAUAUUUUAUUGAAAAAGGAUAGGUAGAGGCAUUUACAUAUUAAAAAACUCCCUUUAACAAAAAAAUGAAGACUGUAAACUCACUUUUCACUUUAAGCACAGGAAAAUUUUUUGGUGAGUAUAGCUUUUUCACUGGAGAACCUAGAGAUAUUAAUUUUAGAAGUUUAGAAUUUACAACUUUAUUGGUGAUAAAAAGAGGAGAUUUCAUAAACCUUUUAAAAGAUUACCCUGAUGAUUAUGAAGUUUUUUGCAUGCUUAAAGAUGAAGCAACUUAUAACAAUGAAAAGAGCUCGAUAAUGAACAAAUGUUAGUGCUGUGACCGAUACGAUCAUUCAUUAUCUCUAUGCCCAGUUAUUCAUUUUGUCCCAUAGAAGUUGAGUGUUAUAAGAUAAUUUUCAACUGGUAGAGAUUAAAAACGAUAAACAAAAAAAAGAAACAGAAAUAAAAAAUGUCAACAUGCAAUUUAUAAUAACUAUGAUCUCCAAGUUAGGAUUGAAGAUUUUGUGAAUGACUACCUAGAUGAAAUUAAGGCAUAUUUUAGAAAAUAUUUUAUUGAAAUGGGCAGAUUUGAUUCAAAUGAAUCUAUACCUUCUUCAGAUAUUAAUUUUGAAGGUUAUGAAGACGAGGAUGAUGAAGACUUUGAAGAUGAUAUGUAAAAUUUAGAAAGUAUAGAUAAAAAACAUAAAUGCACAGAAGAAGAAGUUUAAAAAUUUUUGUAAAUAAAUUAAAAUGAGAAUAAAAGUGAGACUAAUUCGUAAAUAACCAAAACUGGAACUUAGCAAUAAAAGAUUUCAAUUAAUAACAUUUAAAGAUUCAGUCUCUUAGAAAGCUAGAAAGUUAGUUAACCUUUGACAAAUAAUUAAAAUUUAGGAAAUAAUUAGAGUUUUCAAAUGAUACUUAGUAGUCUUGAAUAUGACAAGUGUGAAGAAAAUGUGCAAAAUACGAAUACUUAAAUAUCUAAUGAUAAAAUAAAUUAGCUUUAAGUUUAAAUAAAAAAGCCUGCUUGUUCAAUGAUUAUGGAGGGAUAAGAAAAUGAAUCAUGCAUAAAUUUAAAGGCAGAAGAAGGAUAGAAUAUUUAAGAAUCAUAAGAACAAAAUAUAAUUAAUUUAAAUAGGAAAGCAGGCACUAGGAAAAAAACAAGAUAAACCACUCUGAAUUCUUAAAAACUUUAAAAAUUAUAAUAUCAAAAAUAAGGUACUGUAAAUCAGCAGCUGAAUAAUAAGAAACAAAAUAUUUAAUCUUGCAGUUUAACUCAUCUAUAACAGAUUUUAGAUUUUAUAAAUAAUUUAAAUAUCGAUCUGGAUACUGCUUUAAUAGAAAUGUAGAAACAUAAUAUCUUAACCACAAAUAUUUUAAAUAACCAUAAAUAAAAUCGAAACAGCACAUAAUUUACUAAUCCCAAGCCAAUUUUUUAAUAAUAAGGAGAAAAUUUUAUGAAUUAUCAAAAAAAUACUUAAUAUUCUAAGCCAUCUGAGAAUGGUCAUCAUUCAUUUUUAAGUUUAGCUAUAAAUUAUGAAUCAAUAGAUGAUAUCAUGAGAAAUUAUAAGCUAUACUAUCCCUAGCAUAACAUCUCUAACAUUAUUGAUAAUGUUAUAGAAAAAAGAAGAUAAAAGAGAGAGGAUGAGAGGAAAAAAAUGGAAACACACCUUUAAUAGUAACUCAACUAGUCAGCCAUGAUAACAAAAAGGGUAAGGUAAACUUAACAAAAAGUUCUGAUUGCAAAUAGGUCUUCAAAAUUUGCUGCUUCUAGAUAAUCUUAAAUAACAAACUUUUAAAAGUUAGUAACUAAAAAUUUAAAUGCAGCAAGUUAAUUUUAAGAUGAUGAUGAUUCUUCAUCUAAAAGCUCUGAAGAAUAAUCAUAAGUCUUCCUUGAUAAAUAAAAAACAAUAAAAUCAUCCCGUAAAUCUAAAAAAUCUUUUAAAAAUCUCGAUUGUGACAGUCAAAACAACAAACAAUUAAACAAUUAGUAAUAAGAAGAUUUGGAUUAAAGCAAAGCUAACAGUGAUGAUUAACAAUAAGAAAAGUAGAAUAUUAAGAGCUAAACAAGUUUAAAGAAAAUUGAAAAUAUAGUUGAAGAUGAAGUUGAAAAAGAAGAUCCUAUCCAUAAAAUUUAGAUGCAACUGCUUUUUAAUGAUGUAGACUCUCUUUCAGCAUCAAAAUUUAGUAAAUAUAAUACGUUGUAAAUGGAAGAUUGCCAAGAUAAAAGUAAUAAUCAUAACAAUUCUUAAUCCCCAUUUGCAGUCAUGUAUAAAAAUGUUGAAGCAAAUUAUGAAGCACAAAGUAUUAAUGAAUUAGAAUACAAUAAAAUAUGUAAAUAUAAUAGCUUUGUAAAGGAUUGA